AGAAGCCUAGGCAGCAUGGACCUCACUCAGCUAUGGGUACUGCUGCCCCUGCUCACCGUGGCCUGGGGCCAGUAUGGCGACUACGGGCACCCCUACCAGCAGUACCAUGACUACAGCGACGACGGGUGGGUCAACCUGAACCGGCAAGGCUUCAGCUACCAGUGCCCUCAUGGGCAGGUGGUGGUGGCCGUGAGGAGCAUCUUCAACAAGAAAGAAGGCUCGGACAGACAGUGGAACUAUGCCUGCAUGCCCACGCCCCAGAACCUCGGGGAGCCCACGGAGUGCUGGUGGGAAGAGAUCAACAGAGCUGGAAUGGAGUGGUACCAGACGUGCUCCAACAAUGGCCUGGUGGCGGGGUUCCAGAGCCGCUACUUCGAGUCCGUGCUGGAUCGGGAAUGGCAGUUUUACUGUUGUCGCUACAGCAAGAGAUGUCCAUAUUCCUGCUGGCUAACCACAGAAUAUCCAGGCCACUAUGGGGAAGAAAUGGACAUGAUUUCCUACAAUUAUGACUACUAUAUGCGAGGAGCGACCACCACCUUCUCUGCGGUGGAAAGGGAUCGCCAGUGGAAGUUCAUAAUGUGCCGAAUGACUGACUAUGACUGUGAAUUUGCAAAUGUUUAGAGCCACCACGUACCAAAUCUGGGUGAGAGGAACGGGGCCAGGAGACCUGAGGAUGUCCACACAUGUCAGCAUCAGCUGGAGCUCCGAAGCAGUUUCCGCUGCUCUCUUCUUCUCCCUGAGCUGGUUCGUGACCGCAGCGCCAGCUUUCUGGGCCUUUCUGACUAGUAUCACACCUGUAAUAAAAUCCACAAUUAAAUCGUGUUCUCACUUUCAACACGUCCCAUAGCAACCGUUUUCUAUGACUGACAAUGGCUUUCCUGCACACCACGUAUACAGUGUGCAUGCUCACAGCCAGAAAAAUGCCUGGUUCCCAGGGCACCUGCCACAGCCUCCUUCCUGCUUUUACUACCAGAUGAGCUGCGGGCAGGCCUGGGGCUGAGCGCUGUGUGUGAAGGGGUUCAGUGGAGUGGAGAGAACAACAGAGGUUAAAGAGGGUGGCACGGAAGGCUCUUUGCAGCUCAGUCUGUUUGAAUGAAACCCAGAGUCCUCACCAAGCUUCGAGGGGAUAUGCUUCCACUCUCCCCUCCACAUAAGCCACGCUUGUCUGGAAGUCCAAGUGCAGAGCCCUGUGCUCCAGGGGGGAGGAGACAGAGAGGUGAGAUGGGGAGAUAAACGGGGUAGAGCUUAAAGACCUUAUAUUGGAAGAAUCCCCUGAAUGGGAGGGAGGUUGUUAGCACAUACCACAGCGUACUGACAAUGACGCAGAAACCAGAAGACCCCAUGCAAAUCUGGCUCGAGUCCAACAAGCACAAGGAGGAAGACGGAGACCAGAGAAUGGACUCAGGUCAGGAGCUUAGGAGAAAGAGUGGCCUGGUUGCUUUGCGAAUAGAAGGGUUUGAGUCCCUGGCACCUGGAGAUGUGGCCAGGACGCCUGGAAGGCUGGCAUAUGCCCGGUAGCCAUGGAAGUUACUGGCAAACUCACUUGGGUUGGUCCCAAUUUUCCAGCUGGGAAAGGUGGCCCUGAGACUCCACUUCUCUUCUUUGUACAGUUAAGGGGUGUUUUCUGCAGAGGUGACACGGUUUUUCCUCUUCCUCUAACGUCUCUGUCCCCAGCCGUUUGUACUCUCUUCAUCAUAAAAGAAAUAAAAAUGUUAACAUUCA